UUGGACACGACAAUAAAGAGCCUAAUUAUGAUUGGACAGGCAGUGUGUCUCCUGAGAUCAGGGGUUGGCCCCUCUGUUCUCACGUGACCUAGGCAUAUAAGAGCGGACUUUUCUGGGCACACUUUAGGGUCGGUUGUAGGACUUCACGCGUAGUCGCUCGCCCGGAGUUUCCUUUUGCUCAAGCCAGGAACGUUGUGUGGCCCUCCGUUCAUUGUCGACACGCUUGUUUCACACGACGAAUCAUCCUUGCCUGGUGGUGGCGGCCAUUUGGACGACGGGCAAACACAAAACACUACAAAGAAGAACAGACGCCGGAAGUAAAGAUGGCAUCAAACCCGAAGGUCCAAACGGCACCACUACCACGGAGGGAGCUCCUUGUCUAUUGGCUGCUGUCCUUUGGGUCCCAUUUUUACUCUUUUUAUGAACUUCACAGGUUCUCAAAAGAGCAUGAAGCUGGAUUGGAUAGGGAGUUCGUACUGGAAAAAGGGUUUCUUAAUGGCUUUAAAAGGGAUGCAUUGGACUUUGAGUGGACGUUCUGGACCGCUUGGGCUAAGAAGUCCUUUCUAUGGACUCUGAUUGGGCAUGCUGUCAUAUCUAGAUUGUGCAGCGCCCUUUACCCGCAGCUUCGGGUCAUGGCACUCACAGUUUACGGCCUCUCAGCAGCCAGCAGCGUUUUGGGACUUAAAGGUGUGGCUGUUUUGCUUGUGCAUGUGGCUUUGUCUUUCUUCGUGGCCCAGCUCAGAAAGCCCAUUCUGUGUUGGACCUGCAACCUUCUGUUCCUCUGCACCCUUCACAUCAGACAAAUUCAGGACAUUGGGAGAGGCUGGUACGAGCAGCAGGAGGAGUACUCUUUGCUGUUCUCCAGUGUAUCGAUGAAUACUCUUCGCCUUAUCAGCUUCAGUCUGGAGCACUGCGAGAGCCCCGCGGUCCACUCCGACGGCGUCCUGCAGCUGGGGUGGCUUUUGUCCUACACGUUUUACCAUCCUUUCUUCUACAACGGACCUGUCAUUACAUACAACGACUACGUGGAGCAGAUGCAGAGGGCUGUGGAGGAGCGCAAGCAGCACAAAGGAGGCGCUCACUACCUGUUGUUUCGUUCCGCACGGAUCUUGGUGUGGUGGUGCAUUGCCGAAUACAUGAUUCAUGCCAUGUACAUGCACGCCAUCAAGUCCAACGAGACUUACCUGGAGAUUCUGCCACCUUGGGCCUUGGGUGGUUUGGCUCUGGCCUUGGUGCAGUUCUUCUUUGUCAAGUAUCUGGUUAUAUAUGGCCUUCCGUCAAUGCUGGCCACAUUAGACCAGCUCGUCCCUCCUGGUGUACCUCGCUGCGUCAGCAUCAUGUACAGCUUCACCGGCAUGUGGCGGCAGUUUGACAAGGGCCUGUAUCGAUGGCUCCUCAGAUACAUCUAUGUGCCUCUGGGUGGUUCACAUCAUGGAGUGCUGUACAAAAUUUUAUCCACAACGCUGGCGAUUGGCUUCAUUUUCCUUUGGCAUGGUGGUCAUGACUACCUUCAGUGUUGGGCCCUGAUGAAUUGGUUGGGCGUUCUGGUGGAAACUGGCCUCAAGGCUCUCUUUGGCUCGCCUUUCCUUUGCUCCUUUUUGGAGCGGCAUUCCUCUGCGGCAACGAGGAGGCGCUGCGCCGCUCUGCUUUGCGCCUUCUCCACUGCCAUGCUCAUCCUCUCUAAUCUGGUGUUCCUCGGGGGGAUUCACGUCGGCAGGAUCUUCUGGAAGCGCGUUUUGCUUCAAGGUUGGUCCACGGUGGCUCCGCCCAUGUUGGCCUUCCUUUACUGCUUUGCCCAGGUGGGAAUGGAAUGGACUCCUCACCUGUCAUUAGUCACCAUGAAUUCACAACGCAACAACAACAAAAAAUAAACACUGCACGCCAUCUAUGCCAGAACCACGCUCGGAACCUGGCGCUAAAUUGAGGUGGUAAGCAUGGACUCACAGAAGGGGUGCUGUUGGCACCACAAACACAGUAAAUGCAUAUUGUACCAGGAUAAAAGGACACUCAAGAAUAUACAUUGGCCCGGGUUUCACUCGCUGGCGAGACCACCGCCUUCACCCGAACUGAGGUUGGGGGCCGCUUGGGGGAAUACAGUACAAAAUCAAACGUUUCUUAUGUUCAACAUCGUCAUAUGAUAUUGUUUAGUGGAUAUCAGGAUUUUACAAUACUGUGCGUUGGUCCUCAUGGGACAUGCAGUCUUCCUUAAGGCAAAUUACUACCUCUUUUGUCCACCUGCAUCGCUAAAAUCGACCAAAUGUGUGCUUUAAAUUUAAGAAGGCAUGGUGUUAAAUAUGUGAUCACCUCAAGGAUUCAUGGUAAAAUUGACGUGUUAAGGCUCAUAUUUUUCGAAUUCUGUUGUCUUUAUUCGAACUUGACAGAGAAACAAAAUGGAAAGUUAAGUGCUGUCAGUAGAUGGUAAAAAUGCUUUGUCGUAAUCCAAUGGGACGACUGGUUCCUUUAAAGCAGAAAUGUGAUGUAAGGUUGGCCAACCAUGUUUUUGAAUAAUAUCAAUGGCUAAACAAUUAGAAGCAUAUUUUCGGGUUUUUUUUUAACGCAACCCUUCCAGAUUCUUUGUUUAACCCAUAGCAAUGCCCUUGACAAUCCGCAGCAACACUGUUCGUAGCUUUGUAGCGAUUUGUAAUUUCGGAAUCGCCAAUGAGUUUAGUAACAUACACCAAACAAUAAAUACAGCAGAAUGGCCAUUUUGCGUAACUGUGGAAGCCCGUCUGUGGAAGCCCGUCGACAUCUUUAUUCCAUUUGUCUUCCGCUUGCUCGUAAGGGUCAACAUUGUUCACAUUCUUAAGUUUGAUCACAUAUCUGAUCUUCGCCUUAGUAACGAGUUUGUUUCUUUAUCGAACUGGCAAGUUAAAUGUCCCGCGAGCCAGACCUGCUUCCAAUAUGGCUGCGUUGUUGUCAAAUCUCACGUGAUCCCCCAUUCUGUGACGUAAGCGCUCGAGCCUAAAAGUGCACGUGUAUUUGUUGUUAAUAAAGUUUUUUUUUCCCAAACAAACUUCUGAGCCGGUGUUUUCACACACAAACCGGAACUGCGAGUGCGGCAAACACACACGCAAAACAGAUGCAGAGGGAUAUGAUGGCAGAGCAUUCAGAGGAAAAUUUGUCCUUUUCAAGGUGGAGAUAUAAAUACUAUUUCAAGUAAGCCUGUCGCAAUAUGCAAUAAUUCCAUUUAUCGCGCAAUAUAUAAAAAUGAAGGCGGUAACUUUUCCGCUGCGAUUUAUCGCCUCGCGUGCACGUGUGUGUGCGCGUGCGGCAGACGUGCUGUUAAAAGUUCGUUACCAACUGCGCAAAAUGCAUCUUCGUUCCAGGUCCGCCAAAAACUAGCGCCGGAGCCAAUUGUUCCCAUUAUAUCCUAUUGUUCAACGUAUACCGGCCGCGUCAGUGCUCCGGAGUGACUGUGGACCAUCUAUGGCGCGCCGGUGUUGUUGACGUGUGGGCGCUCCCGUCAGGAGUGACAUUUCACGCGGGGCGGCUAUUUUUCGGCACAACGCUGGAUAUUUACAACGAAGUCCGCCAAAACAUUGUUACCGACUUGGUUGCUACGAAUAACCUCACUUUGACAACGAACAGCUGAAUGAAAUUACCGGUAAGAGCGCUGUGCUUCAAACUCCUGUCCUGUUUAUGAAAGUCGUUUUCAUAUGCUAGUGUUGUGUGGUAAUGAGCAGACGUGACUUCAGCGGCGCUUGCUAACUUUUUUAAUGCGCGGUUGCGCGCACACCCUAGAUAUCAUGAAAUGGCAAACUAGAUGUGCUACUUCCCAUGCCAUUGGCUACGUGAGCCCAGAGUGAUUAUGGGACAUGUAGUCCAUAUACUACAUCGAUGAAUUCUAAACUGUCAUUUGUCACAUGAGGUUAAGAAGGCCAAAUCAUUCCAUACCAGUGACUAUAGAUAAUGUUGCAAAUAUUGUUAAUUCAGUACGUGACACAAAUGGAUUCGGACCAUAAAUAGGAUGUCUUGCUCAUGUAGUAAACCUAGCUACUAAGAGAGCUGUAGCAAUCAACGGUGUGCCCUGCCUCACUUUACAAACAGUAAAGAUUGUUCUCAGCACUUUUAUACAAUUUUUUUUCAUAUCAGUAAGAAGUAAGCACAUAAAUAUUAUGCACUAAAAUGCAUGUUUAUAUGAUGGCAAUUUAAUUUUUGCUCGUUAGCAAAAAAAUUUUUUUUUAAAAUACAAUUGUUAUAUUUUUUUUACAGAGCAUUAAAUGUAUUGAAUCGGAUCGAAAAUCGUGUCCCUUGUAUCAAAAUUCGUACCGAACCAUGACUUAACUGUAUCAUUGCAUCCCUAUGGAACACCAUUGCAGAAGCUAUGACGGGAAAAGUUUUCAUUUUUCUAAAUGCUGAAGUUGUUAAGUGCAAUUUUUUUUGGUUUUUUUUUUAAAACACAUUUUAUGUAUUCUGUGUUUCUGUGCGGUAUCAAUAUUGUUGUUUUUUACUUAAGAGGUAUGGUCUAUUGUUUUUAGUUGUGAUUUCUUAAAAAGUAUAUUUGAAUUUAAGAGUAAAUAUCGCGUUUAAAUGGGUUUACUUCAUCUAUUAAUAUAUACUGUAUUCGCACUGUGUUAUUGUAAAUUGGUUUAAAAAAUUGGGGGGGGGGGCGCAAUAAUAUCGCAUAUCGCAAUAAUUUAUGAGAACAAUUAUCGCACACUAAAAUUUGUUAUCGCGACAGGCCUAAUUUCAAGUUGGUCGAAAUUAAAGGAAAGAACAUGCAUGUAAAGUGUAAUUUAUGUUCCGGGGCAAAGCUUUUGUCGACAUGUGUGGUAAGCAAUUCAAAUCUGUUUAUUUUUGUUGCACUUCAAGUGUAGGAUAAAUCUGUUGCUGGUGAGGUGCAAUAAA